AAAACAAACUUCAUUCUUCCUUCUCUAUUUAUAUUUCAAAUUCACCCCCUUUACAAAUUUUAGAAAAAAUGAAAAACACUAUCCUCAAAACUGAGACAUUCUUAAUUCUAUUCAUGUUAAUGAACUCUUCUUUUGUGAUCUUAGUAGAAGCUCGUCCAUUGAGUAUCAUUGACACCAAAAAAACAGCUACUAGAGAGGAAGUGGUUGAUUUUUUUGAUUGGUUAUCAUUAUCACAUUCUCUUGGAGGGAUUAAGGAUUCAGGUCCAAGUGGACCAGGAGUAGGACAUAAAUUCACAAACAUUGAUACACUUGGAGGGAUUAAGGAUUCAGGUCCAAGCUCAGGAGGGGUAGGACACAAAUUUACCAACAGUGAGACUCUUGGUGGAAUUAAGGAUUCUGGUCCAUCACCUGGUGUAGGACAUUAAUAAUAUGUUCUUCACUCCCUUCAUUUCAUUUCAUUUCAUUGAAUCAUUCACCUAUAGUUAGCAUUUAACAUGCUAGUUUAUGAUUGAUUAAUUCUUUCAUUUAUUUAUGUCUACAUUAGUUCCCCCUUUUCACUUCAUUGUUUAUGC